AAGCUAUUUACAUUAUUCCUUACACUCUCUACACGGUGCUACGCAACCCUGUAUCUGAACAAGUGUUUUGAAGCGCCAAUCGCAGUUGUCAAUAAAAUUGUUAGCAAUCACUGAACACACUCAGUCGGCAAGGAAUCUAAAAUAGGAGCAAAAAAAUCUUCCGUAUACGAAGUCCGCGCGAAAUUAAUAUAAUUUUUUAACAAAUUUCAAUUGAACGUGGAAGAUUUGUAAAAAAUAAACGUGAUUUUUAUUGAGUGAAACUGUGAAAUUUGGAAGUAGUUUGAUAUGGAGUGGUACGAGAUUGCAGUAGAUGGUGAGCGCACGGUGAAGUUCCCCUCGAGAACACUUCAGCCGGAUGCUUCUCAGCAUCAGCAUCAAAAACAUUUUCAACAAAGAGAUAUUGCGGCAGCAGCAGCUGAUGAAGAUUGUGCUGUGCCUCAACAAUUAGGCGGAAUCAUAAAACGCGGUGCGUGGAGUUGGUUAGCUAGCGGUAAUGCAUUGGAUAUCACUGCCCUACGUACAGGACAAACUAUUGCGACUUACGAAUUUACGGAAAUUCUCGGGUAUGACAACUGUUGCAUACGCUGUGUAGAAGAACUAUUUCCGGAAAACACUGAAACGGUUCUUUUGGCCGUAUGCUUGGAAUGCUUUCGCGCCGCAGGAGGUGGUUGCAGUUUUGUAGCAAUCUAUUCUAUAGAACAUGGUCGAGUAUUGAGUUGUAUUGAGUUGUCAUUACAUAUUACGGCAGCAGCAUUUGUGAGUGGAAAUUGUUGCCGGCGUUCAUUGUUACAAAAUUUCGAUGGCUGUUUAUCAGUGGGCAGCGAAGAAGGUGUUAUUUUACUUCUGGACUUAAAUAUAAAAAAGUUAUUGAGCGCGUGCGGUGAACGCAUGGGUGCACCAGUUGGGCAGCUAACUGAUACGAUAACAGUGUGUAAGAUUGCGGACUAUAAUUUACCACUUGCUGAGAUACAUAGAACAUUCCGACAAACCCGACAGGAUGACGCCCACUUUGGAUUACAAAUAGAAGUCAUCGACACCCCUUGCGCUGUUCAAUGUUUGCUACCCAUCGACGUGUCCUUGGGCUUAGCAAUUGGCCUCGAAGAUGGACGUUUGGCUUUCUACGAUUUGGCUGAAAUGCAAAUAUUUCACAUAGCCAUACCGCAGCCAAUGUAUGUAAUGGCCCCAGUAAUGAAGUUAUCGUAUCUAGAACCCUUAGAUGAUCCCCGUCAUUGCCUCUACGUUUGGGCGAUGCAUGAAAAUGGAGAAAAUUUGAAUGCAGUGCUGCAUACGCUUAUAUAUGAAAAGCGCUUGAUGGAAAAGGAUGGGUUUUACUAUUUCGAGUCUUUUCUCACGUGCAUACCACGUCUUCAACUGCCAUUGGAGUCGACCAAGAGUGUCGCCAUUGGUUGUCAGUCAAUUAGUAAAAUUCAGAAUAGCAGUUUCAAUAUUAGUUUAGGUAGUGGUCUCAAUGCCACACUUGCUGACGAAGAUGGAUAUUGUUUGAGUGCACUAACCUGGUAUUCCACACUUGAAGAGAAGAAUAAGCUACUCAUUUUUGAUUUGAAUCAAUGGUACAAAGAGGAAAUGCCAAAUAGCUUUAUGAAUCAGAAAUGUCCCAAUUAUCUGGCUGGUUAUGUGCUGAGUGGGCGCCAAUGUGCUCUAGGCGCUUUCCUUAAUCCUAGUACCAUUGCUCACUUCAAUUCGUUGCAGCGCUUUGAAGAGCAUUUCUAUCCGAAUUCUCUCAGUUUUGAUUGUGUACUCUUAUUGGAAGAUAGCACGCUGGGCUACACCUGGAUUGGUGCGCAAAAUAAAAUCAUCAAUGUGCUGCGUGCCAGUAACUCGAGCAUUUUCCUCGAACCGGAUAUGUAUUUUCGAGAGAUUUUGCGCGCGCGCUUAUUGCCGCAAUUUUCUGAAUUGAAUGUGGACUCCACAUUCUCUCGGCUUGCCAUUUAUGAAACGAUUUUAUGUGUGGCAUUGGAGCACAAUUGUUUUAGUCUGCUUCGUGAUUGUGCCAAAUGCUGGGCAGAUGGCAGUUUUAUGGGCUCCAAUUUCACUGCUACAACAGGUAUUUCACUCUCUACCCUUACCGAUUGGAUAUGGAAGCGCGCCACUGAAAUCAAAACGCGCUGCAAUGAUCUUUCGAAAGGUCUUUUCGACUAUGCCGGCUAUCCAUUGGAUCCGCGUGAGCAGAAAGAGUUGGGUUACUUAACACGUCAGCUUAAAUUACUCGCCGAUUUGCUUGGUGAGGUGCUAUCCACUGGAAAGCGCUAUAUACCUGAUAAAGUUUUCCUUAACCUCGAGACGCAAAACAAGUCGAUGAGAAUGGCAUCCGAGUACCAAGAUGUUUUGCUUUGGCUUCUUAACAUCCGUUUACUUCCAGAAAUGCAGCAUAAUCGUAACAAUCAUAAUUCAUAUAAAGAGCAUUCCAAAGCCAAAGAAGACAUUAAUUUUAUUCAAUAUCCUUACGAUGAUUUGAAAAAUUUAUAUACGCGUAGACGUGCCUUUUUCGCUCGCAUCAAUGAAAAUUUAAUCUCAAAAAAAACUGGUAGUUGUCGCUUACUCUUCAUAGAUGCACUCAUUACUCAUGAAUGCAAGGGUGAUGUCUUGCGUGAAUGUUGGCUGGAAAACGGAGGCAAUGGUCUUUAUCCUCCGCCUUCUAUUGAGGCCAUGCUACGUGUUAUGCUUGUGCCGGAUGUAGAGUUUGAAAGCAAAUGUGCAAUUUUGUUAUAUUUCUUUUUGGAUUUGCAUAUGACCAUCGACGAGCACGCGCACAAAGAAGUUGUGGAGAGUUUUGUAAAAUUCCCGAGCGUUUUCAAAUUAACUGCUGCUCUGAUCAAGACAGUGCAAUCGCUUUGGAAUCUAGAUCAUGGACUAUUUAUGCCCGCUGUCGAUGAAUUCAUAUCGCCCUUCAACAAUAAUCAAACGUACACCCAAUGGAUGCUUGAGCUACUCAUUGAAUCUCUACUGAGCCAAAACGCUGCCGACUUUGCGUUGCGCAUACUUGAAGCGCGUUCUACUCUCAUAUCUCCCGUACUGAAGCUAAAAACACUACUAGCCAACGAUCUAAUUUCCGAAGCCUUCCAUUUUUCGCGCUCCAAACAAGAUGACUCGCUACUGGAACUUUUUUUCAAAUGUUGUCUUUGCGCUGGUAAAUACGGCGUCAUACGUGAUUUGGCGCUAAGUGAGCGGGAGGGCCAGCUUGUACAACGCAUAUUACGCACCAGUAAAACGCAUGGUGCCGAAAACUUGCACUUCGUUUAUCUUUUGCAGAAGUCCAAAUAUAUUGAAGCCGUUUCAUAUUUGGAUGAGUUAUCGCGUGCGAAGAGUUUGCGCAUGAAUUACGGCAAUGAGGGCAUUGUUGUGGACAGUGCCGAUACGCCGAAUUUAGUGUUAUCCGCUUUCAAUACUACGAUGGCGCCAGUGACCCAAGGUUUGACAGAUGUUUACUUUCGUAUUAAAAAUAAAAUUAAGAAGAAGGAGGCAGACAAUCACUCGCCUGUGCCACUAAGUUGUCAGCUCAUUAAGCAGAAUGCAAAUAAUUUACUCGGUGGCAUUUACCACAGCUCAGCGCUGAGCGCACACUUUGCCACUUACUAUUGGGGGGAAAUGGGUGAUGAGCGGCAGCGUAAUGUCGCUUCCGCCAGCGCAUUGCUGAGUGCGAAUAAUGCGCCAUUCUUGCGAAAGCCGCAGGUAGAGACGUGCCAUCUCCAUAUGAAGCAGUCUGCUCAAAGUGGUGUGUCAUAUCCACAGCCCUAUAGGCUGACCGAGAAACGGACGCUAGCAGAACGAGAAAUGGAACUAGAUGACGCGACUGGUAAAGUGUCCACAGCGCUUAAUACGAUCGCACAGCCGCGUAAACGUCGUCGUUUAUUAGGUCAGGAAAUUAUCAAAGACCUAGGCCACUUCAUGCAAAUUAAUAAAACUGCAAGUCAGUUAACGGCACAUGGUUUUGAUAUGCAGACUGCAUACAAACCGGAAGAAAAUACAAAUGAGUUGACACCACAAAAAAUGCCUGCAGCAUCUACGGAGUUUCUGACGCAACCACUGAUAACGCCGCGGCGGCGCUUGAAUGCUCUUGAUGAAAGCCGUAGUGUGGGUUUGUCGACCACUACUAUUUCGGAGCUACAUAGCAUACUCAAAACAAGCAAUACACCAGAGAGAACCGAACGUGGUUACAGUGCGCGUCGUGAGCUGCAUUCGGCGAUAGAUGAAAGCAAGAAUUUACGCUUCAAAUUACCUGCUACGGAAAUAGUGGAAGAUUCUCCAGCGAAAUUGAAGCAUGGCGAUGCCAAAAUAAACACAGAUAUAGGCAAACGACGUUUAGUGUCUACAACAACUAUUAUCGAUGAAGCUGACAAAAACGUUGCGAAGGAUGAAAUGCCUCAUGCAACAGCGGAAACUCCAAAUGAAAUAGCUCAGGAGGACAUUGAAUUGGCAGAAGAUGAAGCCAUUGACGAACUGCUAAUUGAGGUGCGACACGAAAUACCGUCUUCCGCUACUUCUUCUCCAGCUAACCAAAAAGUAGUGAUGCAAGUCGUAUCAGGGGAACCGGAUUCUUCAAAAAGGAUUCAGGUUCUCGAAGAGGAGGAGGAAGCUGAAGACUUCUACUCACCACUUUCUUCCCGUAACAAUUCACUGAUUAUAGAAGGUGUACGUUCACCGAUUACAUCGACAACAACUACAUUCGCUUCAUCAGAUUACGAAUCAAAAACAUCCAAAGUAUUCCGUUUUAGUGGUCCCCAACCACGUAAACCACUAGCACGCCUUUCAGCUGAGCGCAGCCAAAGUCGUACUCCAGAAAAACAAAUGCCGGAGCGAAAGGAAGAAAAAGAAGAAAAUCAGCAAUCACCAGGUUGCGUAGAAAAACAGUCGAGUAGCAGGCACGCUAGCGUUACUUCCUCCGGGUAUUCGACAGCCGUAACUAAUGCAGUAGACUGCCGCAAACCGAGCUUCCAGAUAAAAUCUGUAAUGUCUUUGGCUAGCAGCGACUUUGCGCCAUACAGCUCAUCGUCAAAAAUAAGCUCAACUCUGUCGAAAUUCAACUUACAGGACACCACGGUACAAGAACAACGUGGCAAGCUCUCUGAAUGCAGUACAGUAGUUGGCAGCUUCAGUGUGGAAGAAAGCAGGUUUCCGGGAACUGAUGAAAUUGACAACAUGGAAAAGCCAACAGCUGCUUAUAUUCAGUUAAAAAGGACGGCUAGUGAGUUUGUGCGACCAACGACAGUACAGCAUUUGCACGCCAAUACAACACUAGACAUGAGUUCUUACGAAUUUACUCUAGCGGAGGAUGGCGCUAAACAAAAGGCAGCAGUCCUGAAAAGUAUGGAAACAGAUGAGUUAAUGAAUAUGGAUGAAGAUGUAGAACCUGAAAUUGAGGAAAUCAACGUCAACAAAGAGCAGCUAGUUCCAAAAUUCAAUGCUAAAAGUAAUGAUUAUGUAACCGCCCCGGCUGAGACUGACUUGUAUUCAGACGCGCUUGGCAUAACCGUGCAGCAUGCAACGGAUGUGGAUAUUGAGGAAAGUGAAGACUCCAAUGAUGUAGUUGCUUUGCUUAAUAACCCGGAAGCCGCGGUCGAGAAGCUUAAAAACCAAACUGCAGCCGACGAGAGUGAUAGUGAUGUAAUUAUCUUAUCGUCCUCUGCAUCGUCGCCGCAAAUGCAUGUUGACAACCAACAAUUUGAUUCCGACUCUGAAAGUGACAAUGACGAAUCUGAAGAGGGCGGAGAAGAGGAAGAUGUAAGCUAUGUACAUUAUACGCAUAAACCGAAUUCGGCUGGGAAUCUCAGUGAUUCAUCGUCUAUAGAAGUCAUCGAGGAAAGCCACAGCGAUGGUAGCGAUAGAUCCGGCUCCGGCGAAAUGACUAGAAAGUCAAUAUUAAGAACGAAUAUAUUGCAGGAAGAGCGAGAAGCAUAUGUACAUGCACCAGUAAAUGAAAACGAUUUUGAGGAGAGUAAUACUGGUGAGAAUACGCAACAUACAAAGAAAGAAAAAAGCAAAAAGGAAAAUAUCACAGAUAUCCAGAGUGAUAGCAAAGAUUCAUACAGCAAUUCUGCAUCGGUAGAAAAUGAAGAAAGAAUCGAGGUUGAAGAGGCUGCUUCAAGCUGUGCUGAUUAUGAAGAGUUGGUAUUGCGUGAAACUGUUGUUUUUGAGGAGUCCGAAGAUGAACAACAAGCAGAUGAAGACAACCAGGAAGCGGGUUCAUACUUCAGUAAAAGCGUGUUUGUGCAAAAUGACGCCAAAAUUACAAUAGAAGAAUUGAAAGUGAACGCAUACAAUGCAACCUCGCAAGAAAUCUACGUGGAGCUUGGCAGUGAUGUGUUUUAUUGCGAUGCCGAAACGACCAGCGAAAGCGUUGAAAUGUAUGGGAAAUGCGACGAUGAGAUAAAUGUUGUAGUUGCUAGUACUUCGAAGAAAAUCCUUACACAUACAGUGAACCUUACCGCAAAACUACCAGAGGAAUUGUUGCAAGGUGUUGAGAAACCGAAGCUAAAUGAAAAAGUUUCCACUCACUCUAUAAUUGAUAAAGACAUAAUUGAAGAACACAAAAAGGUCAAUAAAAAUAUUGGUAGUGAUGUCGCAGCAACUGUCGCAAACAAAAGACCGAUUUUUGCUACUGCAUCCCCGGAGGGCAAGAAUAAAUAUAGAAUUGAAGAAUCAGAAGAGGAAAAACAAAUCAGUUUGAGCGUGGGAGAAAAAGAAGAUACAAAAAAGGCUGAACAAUGUUUACAAGAAGAAGGGCAAAUAAGUAUGCGAGGGAAUGAAGGCGAAGAUAUAGAAAAGACUAAAAUUGAAGAACCGGAAGAGGAGGAUCAAAUUAGUUUGCACGUGGACGAAUGCGAUCUCAGUGAGGUUGAAUUAUUGGAAGUUGACGAAAAUGGGAAAAAUCCCACUACAGAAAAACAGUCAACAGUUAAGAGUACAUCAAAGACUGCAGAAGAAGACCUUGAAGAAUCUUCACAAAAGCCGCAAAGCCCAAAAUCUCACCUAUUAAGUGAAAGGGAGAGUAAAAGUGAACUCCGUAACUCUCCACAAAACGAUUCCAAAUUGCUGGAAAAGUCCUUGCGAUCGUCACAAAUCUCUGUUCCUGGUGAGAAGGCAUGUCUUAAACGCGAAUAUUCUACUUUAAACACUUUGUUAGAAGAAGGCGAAACCAUAACUAUUUCGUCAAUCCCCAAGAAUACACGUUACAGUCACCGAGGCACUUCUGUACCACCCCUAGUCGACUUGACUGCGAGCCCAGCAUUUGACGAAAUUAUUACACCACGGCGCAAUACACGAGGUAUUUCGAUGCCACCCCAAACCACAGCUCAGCAAGAGCAAGAAGCUUCAGUACACACGCCAGAAAGGAGUACCAGCAGUCGCCGCAGUAAUCGCGCCAGUUCAGCGCAACCCAGUGAAGAAAUGAUUGCUCUACUUGGCACACCGCGUACGCGACGGAGUUCACGAGGUGUAUCCAUGCCGCAUGAUGUUGAUGAAAAUGACAGUUUCAUGCGCUUGCGCACUGCCCGCGGCACUUCGGUACCACCUGCUACAAAAAUUGUCGCGCGUCGCCGUUCAACUUUGCUCGAUCCCGUUGACGAAAAUACGCCAGUAUUGGAUUCGCCAUCAACCCGUACACGCUCACGCAUGCGUCUGAAUUCUACUGAGAGCGAAUUGAAUUCGUCGAUUGUAAGCGGUAGUGAACAGGCCCCACAGUCCAAGCGAAAGCGUCGGUCUUCAAUAACGAGUAACGUCUCGGAGCACCAAACUACACCGAGCAGCAGACGUACGCGUCGCAGCAAUGCUGCUGCUGAAUCCGAAAUUACAACCAGCGAAGCAGGUUCACCAAAAACUCCUGUACGAAGGACACGCAGACAGAGUACCAAUGCAGAAAACCUAGACGCAAUGACGUCAAUAGAUAAGAACGAACAUGAAACACAAGAAUCGACGAACACAAAUGAAAAUGCUACGGAGGAGGUAUUAUACUCAUCAGCGCGACGCUUGACACGCACUCAACUGGCUAUUAUGGAGAAGUCGGCGGUGCUCAGAAAAAUUAAACCAGUUGAAGGAUUGCACAGUGGAACAUCCAAAUCAUCGCCUACAACAAAAGGUGCCCGGAAGCGUCGCAGUUCACGCUCCACGGUGCCCGACAGCGAUGAUGUCGAAUCGAUUUCAUCGCACAGAAGUAAUAUUUCUGGCACACAAAAGCGUCGUGUAACGCGCAGCUCGGUAAAGGAUAAGGAGGAGAACGAUGAUGAUUUGGUCAGUGUUGGCAGUUCUGUGGGAAGUGAACGGCUGUAUAUGUUGCGCUCCAAAGAACCUAAAAGCUCACCGAAUACUACUUUGGGCACCAUACUAGAAGAUGAAGGGGAAGAAGCGGGACCAAAGAAGCGUUCUAUGCCAAUCAAAAAGCGUUUGUCUAAGUCACAUGGGGAACCCAGUCCAUAAGGUCAAUGCUCACUUUAUAUAAUAUAUUUUUGUUGUUGCAAUUUGUAAAUUGGGCAGAAAAAUGUCAAUAAACGCUAUAAGCAUUGAAAAUUUCUUACACACA